UGUCAUUGAAUUAGUUAAUCUUCAUGAGGCAAGGCUUCCCGCUCCUCACUGUCGCUCAGUCAAAAAACUCCAAAUCUCCUCAGACGCGCGGAGCUGAGUAGUGUCUCGGCGUCUACGGUGUCGUUCAUUGCUUUUGUGCGCUUUUAAAUGGAUGUUAUCGAAUUUAUUCACCGAGAGAGAUGCUUUUUUAUUCAUGAAACCAGCAGCAGAGACGUAUUUCGAUGGUUUCAGUUCAUGCCAUUGAAAAUGUAGACCGCAAACAAUCUCACGCGAGAAAAGUGUCAAGUGAAAGUGGAAAUGCAUGAGGCCUUGGUUCUGCUUAUCCUGAUAGAGGAGGGUUUUGCGUUGGCACAGAAAACUCAAGUAGCUUUGGCUCAGAAUGUGGCUGUUGCGGAUAAGAAACCGGCUCACUGUGGAACUUUGGUCCAGACAGAAAAUGGAGGAACAUUCAGUUCUCCAAACUACCCCAGUACAUACCCACCAAACAAGGAGUGCGUGUACAUACUCGAGGCCCAUCCGCGGAAGAGAAUUCAGCUGGUCUUCGAUGACAUCUACCACAUUGAACCGUCUUUUGAGUGCCGCUUUGAUAACAUUGAAAUACGCGAUGGGCCGUUCAUUUUCUCUCCCCUGAUUAAUCGAUUCUGCGGGGAUAAGAGUCCAGGAAUUGUCACCUCCUCCGGACGCUUCUUGUGGAUCAAGUUUACCAGCGAUGAGGAGCUGGAAGAACUGGGUUUCAAGGUGGAGUAUUCAUACACUGCAGAUCCUGAUUUUCAUCUCCAUGUUGGAGGACUGCUGAAUCCUAUUCCAGACUGCCAGUUUGAAAUGUCUGGAGCAGAUGGUGUAAUCAGAUCCAGUCAGGUUGAGGAGGAAAAUAAGGUGAAAGCAGGGGAAGCCGUGGAUUGUAUUUGGACCAUAAGAGCUCCACCGAUGUCUAAGAUCUAUCUCCGCUUUCUAGACUAUCAGUUGGAGAACUCAAACGAGUGUAAGAAAAACUUUGUUGCCGUUUAUGAAGGCAGUAAUGCCAUUGAGGAUCUGAAGGCCAAGUUCUGCAGCACUGUUGCUAAUGACAUCACUCUUGACAACACUGUGGCCGUGGUGCGAAUGUGGGCUGAUGAGACCAGCAAACUGAGCCGCUUCCGCUUGCUGUUUACAGUCUUUACCGAACCUCCGUGUUCGCCCAAUGCAUAUUUCUGUCACAGCAACAUGUGCAUCAACAACACUCUGGUCUGUAAUGGUGUUCAGAACUGUGUGUUUCCCUGGGAUGAAAACAACUGCAGAGAAAAGAAGCCUAAAACUUUUUUCCAUCAGAUGAGUAAAACUCAUGGCACAGUGAUUGGAGUGUCCACUGGUGUGGUCUGCCUUCUGCUCAUCAUAUCUAUAUUUAUACAGAUGAAGCAGCCCAGGAAAAAGAUCUUGUGCCGUAAAGGUUUGUUCAGUGCUACGGAGAUGCAGGAGGUGAUGGAUCCUCCCGAGUACGAGAUGUUCUCCAUGCAGGACACCGAUAUGCCAGAGGAGCUGUUGGAGGAGGAGCUGGAGGGCCUGCAGAAACUGCACCGCUCCGCCAGCAUGUCCCGCUGCAUCCGUGAGCAUCACUGCGGCGCUCAUAACAGCACCACCAUCCUGAUGACCAGAACCAAUCCUCUGUCUGAGGAGCUGAGCACGGCGGUCGGGGCUCGCAGCUGGGGCAGCUUCCAUGGCCGACGCAGCAGCUCUCGCUCACACCACCCGCACACACACGCCUACAGCGCACAGAGUCUGAGAGAGGCGCUGGAGGAGGACGAGUUGAGCCUGGAGGGACAGGUCAUGGAGGAGAUCGGGUACAAUGAAGUUUUUGGCCGAGGACGUGGUGUCGUGAUGGUACGUAACCAUACAAACCCUGUGCAGCAGCGGUCCCUCUCUAUGGACUUCUGAGAGGAGGGAAGGUCAGCUGAUUGGUUCUUGUUUUGUUGUUUUGACCAUGGGCCACAAAACCAGAAUACAAAAAUACAUUGUAUGGAUCAAAAUUAUAGAUUUUUUUUAAUGCCCAAACAAUUAGGAUGUUAAAGGGGACCUAUCAUGACCCUUUUUACAAGAUGUAAAAUGAGUCUCUGAUAACCCUAGGGUGUCUAUGUGAAAUUUUAGAUCAAAAUAUUACACAAAUAAUGUUUAUAACAGUUUGAAACAGCCUUGUUUAGGCUUUGAUUCUAACUGUGCCAUUUUGGGGACUGUCGCUUUAAGUUCUGUCGUAAUUCGACUUCUUAUCAAUUAGAAAUGAUCAGACCGGAGGUUUUGAAUAUCAGAAAAUAGACUUUAUUCUCCAUAAUAAAGCCGAGAAAGAGCAGAGCAGACCCCAAAGCAUUCUGAAGUCUCUUCUGGUCACUUCCUUUCUUUGGUUCUCUUUCUAAAGUCUCUCCUGCUCCUUCUAAAGUAUCUGUGUUUUCCCCAGUCUUUAUACAGGUUAUUUUCCACACCCCUAGGUGUCUUGUUUUAAUUCUUGACCUUUUUAGGAUAAGUUUUUACUCUAAGUGGUCCUGCUAUUCUUGGCUCUCUGCCAGCUUGCUAUGGUCAGUGAGAUGUCACAGGUCUAUGUCAUGUCAGCAACUGUUUUGAAACCAAAGUUCUCUCUCCAUAGAUGCAACUUAUG